AUGCAGUUCUUCAGUCUGAAGGAGAGAUACCAUGCGGUACGCAUGACGCUCAUCACACGUUGGCGUGUAUGUAAACAAGCAUGCCGCCAGAUAUUCAGACAAGAUAGACCCUCAAACCCUACCAUCUCUGUGGUGGGAAUGGCAACACAAUAUGGCUCCACGCUCCUUCAGCGAGAUUUCCUCCAGGAACUCUUAUCUUGCCACUGUCGUCAUUCUCCUGCAGCAGCAAAGACCAUGAAUCUCAUCGAAGGAUCUGGUGUCAGGCAUUUGUGCAGCGUCCUUCCUGUGGAUGAUCCAAUCUGGUUUCAGCAGACGUUACCCACCAUCACAGAUACCGAUGCUCUCUUCAAGGAACACGCCAUUUCGCUAGUUUCUCGUGCUGCAAAGAGUGCCAUUGCAGAAUGGGGCGGUUCCAUGCAGGACAUCACUCAUAUUGUAGCUGUGACCUGUACUAACACUGCAAACCCGGGUUUUGACAUCACCAUAUGUAGUACACUUGGCCUUCGUCCCACAGUCCACCGCACUCUGUUGCAUGGCCUCGGCUGCGCCGGUGGAGUUUCAGCCUUGCGCAUUGCCCAUGACCUUCUCGCCGGGGCGGCUCUUCAGGGGCUGCCGGCGCGAGCUCUUGUUGUCUCGUGCGACUUACCGACUCUUUUUGCCCGUGCAGAGCUCCACCGUAUCAACGUGGACCAGGAAGUGGGAUUUGGACUGGGCCGAUUCAGCGACGUACUCGAAAGAGCCCCCAUCUGGAAUUUACUCGGGUUCCGAAGCGUGAUCAUCAAUGAGUCUGAGGGAUACAGUGAGCUGAACGUUGGACCUUUGGGUCUAGGGGCAGUACGAUUUCCUCUUCUGUGUUGA